AUGUCCGAGCUCCACCGCAAAGCCCUGACUGUCCCAGGGGUCAACACAGGGAAGACGAUUUCGCGCAAAGCGCGCUCUCGGCAAUCGAGCGCCGCCAGCUCGCGACAGGCGUCGCGGGCCAACUCCCGCAUUGGUAGCCGCGUGAACACCGAUGAUGAGCUUGACAGCGUUGCGGGCGAUCUGAGUGAUAGGGAUGGGAAUGAGAGAGAGGAUAAGAAGUUGACGUUGGCGCGCGAGAAUAGUUAUGGGUCGCUGGCGAAUGAUGGGGAGGGUGAGGAGUUUUUGACGGUUGGGGUAGAGAAGAGGGAUUGGGAGGAAGAGCUGGCGGAGGCCGUGGAUCGCAUCUGUGAAAGGAAGAAGACCGGAUAUCAGGAGCGCGAGCAGGCGCUCAGUGCUUACAUCGCUAUUCUCCUAAGGAAGUACGCAAAGGAGCAGAUCUUCUUCAAGAAGUCGGAGAUCGUUUCCAGCUGUCUGCGCAGCGUUAAGAACGGGCGCACGGAGCGGGAGUCGCUGCUCGCGGCGAAGUCCCUGGGUCUCACCAUCAUCACCGAUCCCAGCGAGGACGUGUACGAUGCCGUGGCGCAGACGUUCAAGGCGGUGAUCACGGACCACGCCUCGCUGCCGCUCAAGGCGGCGCUGAUCCACUAUCUCGGCGCGGCGGCAUUCUACGGCGGCGCGACGACGGCCGAGACCGAGGGCAUCAUGGCGUUCUUCCUCGAUAUUGUCGAGAGCGAUGGCCAUGAUGUCGGUGCGGGCGACGAUGCGGCUGUGGUCACCGCCGCGCUGGAGGAGUGGGGGUUCCUGUGCACGCAGCUUGAGGACGCGGAGGAGAUCACGCACGCGGCGAUCGAGGCGCUGGUGCAGCAGCUCGACAGCUCCGAGGUGAACGUGCAGGUCGCCGCGGGCGAGAACAUCGCGCUGCUGUAUGAGAAGUCGUAUACCGAGGCGGAGGAGGACGAGCUCGACGACAGGAACGAGGCCGGGCUGAAAUGGGUGCAGCGCUACCAGCCGUACGGGCAGGUCACGGCGCUCAAGGGAACCCUAGCACGCCUCUCCUCCGGCUCCAGAAGAUACCUCUCCAAGCGCGACAAGAAGUCGCAAAAGUCGGCGUUCGCAGAUAUCGCCCACUCCCUCGAUAAUCCCCUCAAGGGCCCGAGAUUCUCGGAGGCGCUGGAUCGCGACGGCGCGGUGCGCGGGAGCAGGAUGACGGUGCGCGUGCACAAGACCGGCGUGCUGAGGGUCGAUAAGUGGUGGAAACUGCUCAGAGUCCAACAUCUGCGCCGGUUGCUGGGCGGCGGGUUCUUGAACCAUUGGACCGAUAAUCCGGUCAUUUUUGAGUCACUGAGUCUGUUUGUCGAACAGUACUAACUCGGGUACUGUACCGACUUGUUGCGAUGUCCCCCGUUUUCUUGCUUGCUUGCGUGCUUGCUUGCACAGAUUGAUGCCCUUUCUCGGCGGUUUCUUGCUUUUCGUUUCUUGCUUUUCUACUUUUUUACCAUCUGUGCAUGCAUGCAUCCAUACGACUACCGGCAUUUUUUUUUUGGUUUGAUGGAGCAAUGGAGUUUUCUGGAUUUCUUUGCUUGCCUGCCUGCCUGUCCGAGUGACUCCUGAAUCGAUUCGAUAGCAGUUAUCGUGCUUUACUAGUAGUUACCCGGA